AUGCCAUACGCUUUACCAGAAUCUCACAGACAAUUAGUCGAAGGUCAUUUAAAAGAUACCGAUCCAGAAGUUGAACAAAUCAUUAAAGAUGAAAUUGAACGUCAAAGACAUUCAAUCGUCUUAAUUGCAUCAGAAAAUUUCACUUCAACUGCUGUUUUCGAUGCUUUAGGAACUCCAAUGUGUAAUAAAUAUUCUGAAGGUUAUCCAGGUGCAAGAUAUUAUGGUGGUAAUGAACAUAUUGAUAGAAUUGAAAUCUUAUGUCAAGAAAGAGCUUUAAAAGCUUUUAAUAUCACUUCUGAUAAAUGGGGGGUUAAUGUUCAAACUCUUUCUGGGUCUCCUGCUAAUUUACAAGUUUAUCAAGCUAUUAUGAAACCUCAUGAAAGAUUAAUGGGUCUUGAUUUACCUCAUGGUGGUCAUUUAUCUCAUGGUUAUCAAACUGAUACUAGAAAAAUCUCUGCUGUUUCAACUUAUUUUGAAACUAUGCCUUAUAGAGUUGAUUUAGAAACUGGUAUUAUUGAUUAUGAUACCUUAGAAAAGAAUGCCUUAUUAUUCAGACCUAAGGUCCUUGUUGCUGGUACUUCUGCUUAUUGUAGAUUAAUUGAUUAUAAAAGAAUGAGAGAAAUUGCUGAUAAAGUUGGUGCUUAUUUAGUUGUUGAUAUGGCUCAUAUUUCAGGUUUAAUCGCUGCUGGUGUUAUCCCAUCUCCAUUUGAAUAUGCUGAUAUUGUCACUACAACUACACAUAAAUCCCUAAGAGGUCCAAGAGGUGCCAUGAUUUUCUUUAGAAGAGGUGUUAGAUCAAUUAACGCUAAAACUGGUGCUGAAAUUAAAUAUGAUUUAGAAAAUCCAAUUAAUUUCUCAGUUUUCCCAGGUCAUCAAGGUGGUCCACAUAAUCAUACUAUUACCGCGUUAGCAACAGCAUUAAAACAAGCUUCAACUCCAGAAUUUAAACAAUAUCAAGAACAAGUUUUAAAAAAUGCUAAAGCUUUAGAAGAAGAAUUCUUAAAAUUAUCUUAUAAAUUAGUUUCAAAUGGUACUGAUUCUCAUAUGGUUUUAGUUUCAUUAAAAGAUAAAGGUAUCGAUGGUGCAAGAAUUGAAACCGUUUGUGAAAACAUAAACAUUGCCUUAAACAAAAACUCAAUCCCAGGUGAUAAAUCCGCUCUUGUGCCAGGUGGUAUUAGAAUUGGUGCACCAGCAAUGUCUACAAGAGGUCUUGGUGAAGAAGAUUUUAAAAAAAUUGCACAUUAUAUUGAUUGGUCUGUUCAAUAUGCUAAAAAAAUUCAAAGUGAAUUACCAAAAGAAGCUAAUAGAUUAAAAGAUUUUAAAGCUAAGAUUGCUCAAGGUUCUGAUGAAUUAACUAAAACUAAGAAUGAAAUUUAUGAAUGGGCUGGUGAAUUCCCAUUAUCUGUUUAA